AUGUCCUCACAUAAUAUGAGAAUCAUAAAAGUUGAGCCCUCAGAUGGUACGGGAUCUUUACCCCCAGUGAGGGCAGAUACAAAGAAACUUAUGGAACAACAGAUUAUGCUGGCAAAUAAAAGAAGUCAAGUUUUUACUUACAAGGGACCAGAAAAGACCAGAAGUCGUUCUGUACCCGACAGAACAUUUAAAGAGGCCCAGUUUACGUAUGCACGGGAACAGAGUAUUCCUAGGACUACAGAGGCGAGAUAUCGGGAUGAUUUUUCGGAUUCAAGUGACGAAGAGUUAGAAGAGGAAGAAAUAAAACUAACGAAUACACAAGAGAGGGAAACAGAACAACUGGCCGCUUUGGAAUACAAAGAAGAAAAACAACGACAGUCCAUGGCUGUAUCAACGAAUAAAGGGAGACACUAUAUUUGUAAUACUAUCUCACUCGGGAUUUCUAUUAAUUUGAAGGAAAAUGAGGAAAUUGAUAAAAAAGAUCAAUUUGUAAAAGGAGAAAAGGAAGACAGUGCAACCACUACCAAAGAAUCUGACCAAAGAAAUGAUAAUGACAAGAAGAAAAAGAAGAUUAAGCUCCCAAGUUGUUUUGGUUUCAUUUCAACUUGGGUUGCCAAAAGGAAGGAGAAACGACGCGAAAAGAAAAGGAAGGCUAUAGCUAGCCGCGCUCCCACGCCAACGCUAGUUCAAUAUGAGCAUAGAAAAGCACGUGGCGGGGAGUCUUUUGUCAUUGAAGUAGACUGCAAACCAAUACAAAUGAAGCCGAUAUUGCCGCCAAUUAAGAAAGCUGACGGACCUAUACGCCUAGCUUGUGAGGCUCGACAAGAGAGAGCCGAGGCCAAAAGAAAUGAGGAGCUUUUCAAAAAGAAAGAACUAGCAAAAGAGCACCAGAGAAAAAAGAUUGAAUGCAAGCAACGAAAGGACGAGUCCGAACACCGGUUUCAGGAAAGAGUUCGACUCACUAUCAGAUAUAGACAAGCAGACGCCGAAAGGAAUAGGAGCCGCAUGUUGUCUCAAAGAGCCAGUAUAAGCCGGAUGUCAACCAGAGCAAGAAGCUCACUGGCUGUUUCCUCCUCCCCAGAGUCUGUCGAUGAGGGCAAUAAGAACGCCCUCAAGGACGGCAGCUCUCACUAGAUUUUAGGCCGGCCGACACUCCCUAUAAAUAGUAGGCCCAUACAUUUUGCUAUUGUCACGUGAUAGGAAGUUUUCUUCAAAAAGACUACAAAAUUCAACAAUUUAAUCUCCUUUUCCCAGAUCAUUUUUCAUUUUAUAACGUAAAACUUCUUUUUUCAUUUAAUUAUCAGAUGACAUUUUUUUAUAUAUUCGUUUUCAGCCUUUACUUUUGUGAUAAUUCUAUACGAAUUUCAAAUCAUAUUGUUUGUAACAUAUGUCCAUUGCCAAUUUCUUCAUUACCAUUUUUUAGUUUGUUUUCACUUCCUUCAUUUUCAAAAUCCUGCUUUGGAAAACAAUACAAUAUACAACAAGUAAAUAUCAUUUCGCGCGUAGUCUUGAUGAAUUUUUAAAUUACCUAAUUCUGUGAAAUUUCAACUAAAUAGUAAUAUUUUUAUCACUAUUUUCAUAAACAAUACAUUUUCGGUAUAUUAUUUUAUCUAAAUGAGAAAACAUUACAAAGUUUACAUUAACCUUCCUCAAUUGAAAAAAAUAAAGUAUUUGUUUUAAAAUCUUUAUAACAACCCGACCGUGAUGAAUAUCACCUGCCUUGAACAAAAAAAUACAUAAAACCACGAAAACAAGUAUCAAAUCUACUCUUUGACCUUGAUUUAUCAACGUCAAGUAUGAUGAUACUUGCAAAAAUAAAUACAGAAAACCACGAAAAUAAGUAUCAAAUCUACACUUUGACCUUGAUUUAUCAACGUCAAGUAUGAUAAUACUUACCAAAAAAAUCUCAUCUCAUUUUAUCAUCCAAUCAUUCAUGUAUUCAUCAAAAACUCCA